AAGAUUGGCCAAUAUUCCCAGGGCAGGGCAGCUCCCCAGCCUUUCCUACCCUUUCUUUCCUUUAUAAACGUGGUUUUUUUUUUUUUUUUUUUUCCCCUUCUUCUAGCUCAUUCCAGCAGAGCAGCGCUUUGGGUUUCUCGCAGCUUUUCUUUCCCCCCGCUUUUUUUUUUUUUUUUUUAUUUUUCUUUCUUUUUCUUUUUUUUUUUUUUUCUUGUUUCCCUCUGGUUACUGGCCUGCUGCCAGUGCCUCGCAAGGCCAAAGUUUUAUCUAUAGGGAUAUAUUUUUGAAGCCAGCUGCACACACAGAGAGAAUCCCCGCUGCCGGGGCGAGGGAGCGCAGCAGGAGCUGCUCCUCGGGCUCCCGCUGUCAGGAUGGAUUUACGGCUUUGAAAGGAGUCGGGAGGGGGGAGGAAGGAGAAUCGGGAUUGCCUGCGGGAGCCGGAGCUCGCAGCACAGCCCGCGGGGACCGGCAGGAUGGCAGCGGGACCAUGAGCGAGCCCCGGCUCCGGACCUGCCUCCACAGAGCCCAGCCCGCGGACCCGAGCCGGUCUAAACCCAGCACCAGGCUUUGCUAUGCUGGCCCAGGCGCUGCUUUCCCUUGGGCUGUGGCUGCGGCUCGCUGCGGGACAGGACACACCUGAGCCAGGCCCCCAGCCACCCAUCUCCAGCACCAAGGGCGACCUCCUGUUCCUGCUGGACAGCUCUGCCAGCGUCUCCCACUAUGAGUUCUCCAAGGUCAAGGAGUUCAUGUGGGACCUUUUACACCCUUUCACCUUUGGCCCUGGGGACAUCCAGACCAGCAUCAUCCACAUCAGCACCACCCCCACCAUGGAGUUCCCGUUUGACCAGUACCAGACCAGUGGCACCCUCAGAGAAGCCAUCAGGGGCACGCGGCAGCUGAUGGGCGACACCAACACGGGCAGAGCCCUGUCCUUUGCCAAGGAAAAGCUCUUCAGCAGCCAGGCUGGGGCCAGGCCCGGCGUGCCCAAGGUGCUGGUGUGGGUGACAGAUGGUUUCUCCAGCGAUGACAUCUCGGGGCCCACGCAGCAGCUGAAGGAGGAGGGUGUCACCGUCUUCAUCGUCAGCACCGGCCGCGGCAGCUUCCUGCAGCUCUCGGCCGCUGCCAGCCCGCCCGCAGACACACACCUGCACUUUGUGGACGUGGAUGACCUGCCCAUCAUCACCCAGGAGCUCAGGGGUGCCAUCCUAGAUGUGCUCCAGGCCAGCCGGCUCCACGCCACCGAUGUCACCUCCAGCAGCUUCCGCCUGCUGUGGCCCAAGCUCCUGUCCCAGGAAACUGGCUACUACAGCCUGGAGUAUGGCCCAGGAGCUGACCCAGCAGGGAAGAGGACUCAGCAGGUGUCUGGGGCUCUCACCAGCCUCGUGCUCAGCGACCUCACACCAGAAACCACCUACGAGGUGGUUCUGAUUCCUGAGUCCAACGUGCACUACUUCCCCCCCCAGAGCACCAGGGUCACCACACUGCCAGAGGAAAUCAGCCCAGCUCAGGUUCUCAUCUCGGAGUCUGGGCCCCGCAGCUUCCACGUCAGCUGGGCUCCUGUGCUGGACAGCGUGGCCAGCUACCAGGUGCUCUAUGGGCCCCUGCCAGGGAACUCAGUGCAGCUGCUGCAGGUGGAUGGGAGGCACAACAGCACCCUGGUGGAGCAGCUGGCACCCAACACCACCUACCUGGUGACAGUGACGGCCAUCUACAGGUCUGGCAAGGAGAGAUCCCUGUCAGCCAAGGCCUGCACCCAGGAAGAGGGCUCCCGGGUGCCUCACCUCCGUUUCGAGGCGCUGGGUCCCAGCACGCUGCGAGCCUCGUGGGACGCCGCCCCCGGGGCCGUGCGGGGUUACCGGGUGCGCUGCCGGCGGCGCGGGGGGCGCUCCUCGGCGCUCAGCGUGUCCCCGCAGGUGCACAGCGUGCUGCUGGGAGAGCUGCCCCCGGGCUCCUCCGGCAGGGUGUGCGUGCAGCCCGUGUACAGCAGCCAGCCCGGCAGGAGCCUCUGCCGCACCGUGCUCCGGCCGCCAGCUACAGAGGCUCAAGGAUACAGGCACACAGAGAGUGACAGACUGCAGUGAGCUGAUUCCCAGCACAGCAAGGGAUCUUGCUGGGACAAGGACUUGGACCAAAAGGAGGAGCCAGGGGAGGAAAGCACCUCCUCUCCCAGCCUGUGCUGUCCCUUGAGGUGUCCUGCUUGUCCAGCCCAAAUCCUGUCCCCUGCCAAGUUCUCCCAGAGCCUUGGCCUGGCUGGAUGGAACAACCAAUCUGACUAAAAGAUGCCAAAUCUGUACCCAUUUCAUAUAAACACGCCUGACAAGUAACAACCCCAAGGCAAAGUGGGGGAUCCUCACUGUUGCUUGCUUGCUGCCUGCUCUCUAUUUAUUAAAGGUCGAUGCAGAUUGAUUUUUGCAGCUUAUGAGCACAUCCAGGACUGUUCAGUGCCCUGGGCUCUCACAGAAAGAUUCCAUGUGGCCAAAUCCAUCCCUGCUGCCAGCAGGAACCUGGAGUGGGAGAGAGCAGGAAACCCAAAAUCCUGGGGAUGUGCUCUCAGCCCUCAGCUGAGCUCAAGGAGCCCAAAAAAACCAGACAAGACCAUCUAAAGCACUUAUUUCUGUUCUUAUUCUGUGGUCCUGCAUUGUCACCACUGCAUUGCUCUGGCAUUCCUGCAAUCCCUUUUCACCACGUGGGAUCCUGCUGCCCUCAUGGAGAUUAAUUAGCCUGUUCUGUAACUAAUUACAGGCAAUAAGUCUCCAGCACUAUCAUUCCUCUGCACUCUGAACACACACAGCACAUCUCUGGUGUUUAUCCUGGGUUUCCAGUGCUAAGCUUGAGCUACACUUAAAAAUCAGGGGUUUAAGGGAGAAGAGUAAAUCUGAUUAUUUUCCUUUUGGCCCCAGGCUUGAACUUGCUGUCUCUAAGCCACUCUGGAAUGGGGAGCUGGGGAAAAAAAAAAAAAAAAAAAGACAAAUUGAUUAUAAAUACCUAGUGACCAAGCAUAUGGUUUCAAAGUUCAAGGCUGAGGGCUGUAAAAAAAUGUAGAUACUUCUCUGCUAACCCCCAGCAUCAGUGGGAACACCCUCCCUCAAUAACACUUGCUCUAUUUUAAAUUUAUUGCUUAUUUGUCCUACAUGUGGAACUUGUUUUUGAAGCCAUGUUGUUUGUUGGAGAGCCCCAUGCAGCCUCACAAACCCUUCUUAAAACAGCUUAAAACAGCUCCUUUCAGAGCUGAGAAUAACAUUUAUUCCUGACUUUGUCUCUGAGAGCUCAAUCCUUCAUCUCCACUUUUCUGGAGCAUUUUCCUUGGGCUGCCUUGGAGAGAGGGAUGGAAGGGAGGUGAGUCAUUCAUUAACUCCAUAAAGAGAUUUUCACCUGAUUUGUGUCCUCCCUUGGAAUGUGCAUUUGUGACUGAUUAAUCUCAGUGCAGAAGGGAUGGCAAAGCCCCUGGAAGUGCUCAUGCAAUAAGAUGAUUUUGUUGGUUCUUGCUGUAGGACAGAAGUUAAGUUUGCACAACUCCCUGCAUAGUUUAUCAAUACAUUAAAUUGUCAUCCCCCCACUUGUAACACACCCUUCUGAAGACAAUUAAAUAUAAAUACAAGA